AUGAUAAAGAACAUGAAUCAGAUCAAUGAGAGGAUAUUGGAUCUCACCCUGGAGAUCAUCUACCUGCUGACUGGAGAGCAUUAUAGCACGAGGUCUGGAGAAUGUGGGACUCGUAGCAGCAGUCCUCAUAUAUCGGCUGGAUCGUGCGGGACCCUGAACUCUGCUUCAGUGUCUCCACCUCACUUAUUGUUACAUGAGAAGAACAAUGACAAGAAGAUCCUGGAACUGACCUAUCGGAUCAUCCAGCUGCUGACUGGAGAGGUUCCUAUAAGGUGUGAGGAUGUCACUGUCUAUUUCUCCAUGGAGGAGUGGGAGUAUUUAGAAGGACACAAGGACCUCUACAAGAAUCUUAGCUCACUGGUUUCAAUAGAUAAAUCUAUAUCCGGUUUAUUUAACGCUCCAUUUUCUUUGCCUGAUUUUGCAACCAAGCACCAAGCUGAAAAUAAAAACUAUAAUAGAGAGAAAUAUGUGAAAAAUGACAUCACGAGAAAAAGGCAAACUGACUCUAUAACAUGCUUGUCAAAAGAAUCCGUUUCAUAUGAAAAAAAACAUCUCACAAAUAAUAACAAAUACUUAACAUGUAAUCGAACAGACAAUGAUAUUUGUACAUCCUCAGAACAUCAAACUACUUUUAUUAAGGAGACCUCAUCCUCACGUGAUGAGGGGAACCUCACAGACAUUAAUACAAAGUUAGAAGAUAUAUCUGUCCUACAUUUUAAAUGCCCUGAUUGUGAGAAAUGUUUUGCACAUAGUUCUUCUCUCCUUAUACAUCAAAGAUGCCAUAAAGGAGACAAAUCGACCAGUUGUGAUGAAUGUGGGAAAUGUUUUACCCAGGCCUCACAUCUUAUGGCACAUAAAAGGGUCCACACUGGGGAGAAACCAUUCACAUGUUCUGAAUGUGGCAAGGGCUGCAAUGAUAGCACAAGUCUACUUUUACAUCAAAGAACUCAUACUGAGGACAGACCAGUCUUGUGUUCUGGAUGUGGAAAAUCUUUUGCAAAUGGCACAGAUCUUAUCGAACAUCAAAGGAUGCACAAAGGGGAGAAACCAUUUUUAUGUGUUGCGUGUGGUGAGCGCUUUACCCAUCAUUCCACUUUUGUGAGGCAUCAGAGGACUCAUACAGGGGAGAAACCAUUUUCAUGUUCGGAAUGUGGACAACAUUUUAACCGAAAGGCUAAUCUUGUUAGGCAUCAGAGAGGUCAUUCCGGAGAAAAACCUUUUAAAUGCCCUGAUUGUGAUAAAUGUUUUGCACAUAGCUCUUCUCUCCUUAUACAUCAAAGACGUCACAAAGGAGACAAACCAUUUUCUUGUGAUGAAUGUGGUAAACGUUUUACCCAGGCCUCACAUCUUAUUGCACACAAAAGGAUCCACACUGGGGAGAAACCAUUCACAUGUUCUGAGUGUGGUAAGGGCUACAAUGAUAGCACAAGUCUACUUAUACAUCAGAGAAUUCACACUGGGGAUAGGCCGUUCUCAUGUUCUGAAUGUGGGAAAUCUUUUGCAAAUGGUGCAAAUUGUGUUAAACAUCAAAGGAUCCACACUGGGGAGAAGCCAUUCUCAUGCCUUGAAUGCGGUGAGCGCUUUACCCAUCAUACCACCUAUGUGAGGCACCGAAGGACUCAUACAAGGUGUAACGGACCUUGA